CAGUCCCCCCUGGCUCCACCUCGCUCGCUCCCCCCUUCCAGACGCUUCAGCUGCUCCCUCCGCAUAAAAGCCGCCGGCGUCGCCAACCCAACCGUCAGCUCAACCAGAGAGUGUCUGCUCUCAGCCACCCUUCCACCAUGCCCAUGGCUUCACGAGCUUCCGCCCUCCGCACGGCGGCGCAGGGCUAUUGGCGGCAGGUCUCCGCCUCCCGCUCCGCCGCCACGGCCGCCGCCGCGCACCCCGACGGCCCUGCCAAGGGAAAGCUGAGGGGCGAGUACGUGCCGGUGUACGUGGCGCUGGGCCUGAUCGUGCUGUCGGUGUCGCUGGGGCUGAGCACGGCGCGGCAGCAGCUGGCGCACUCCCCCAACGUCCGCGUCGACAAGAAGAAGCGCGAGACCGUGCCCGAGGUGGCCGCGCCCGACCUCGCCCUCGAAGAAGCCGAGCGCUUCGUCGGCAAAUCCUUCUUCCGCAAGGUCGCGCACGUGCAGGACGACCGCCGCCUCGCCGCCGGCGUCGCCGACCCCGUUGCGAGCUACCCGACGAAGAAGGCGGUGACGCUCAAGGACGUCGGGGUGGACACGCCGGAGAUCGAGAAGGGUAGGGAGGGAGUGCUCGACAAGAUCUUCAAGAAGAAGAACGACGCUUAAUCAAGUGCUUAUUCGAAGUGGAUGUGAUUUGUACAGUACAUAGUCGAGAGUUUUCUAGCUAGCUCUAAAAAAAUAAGACUCGGCGCCUACCUGGAAGUCUCCCGCCCGUGAAGAAAAAUCUUUUGGUGGGUGCGAGGAUAUGGCACGUGUCAUUAAGAAAAGAAAACAGUCAAGGGCUGUACUUUUGGAGCAGCUUUGUCUGCUCUACUGUGACGAUCUCUGGAAGAGCAGUGCUAGCUUUCAAA